GUGAAUUCAGUGGAAUGAUGUGCACUGUCUGCCUUCUCUAGGAAUACCAGCUGAUGUACGGAAUGCUGUUCUCCAUCCGAUCCUUUGUCAACAAGAUGUCUCCUGUCGAUUUUCGAGAUGGCUUCCUGUCCUUUCAGACAAGCAAAUACAAGCUGCAUUAUUACGAGACCGCGACGGGCAUCAAGAUUGUCAUGAACACUGACCUCGGGGUCGGGAACAUCCGAGACGUUCUCAGUCAGAUCUACAGCACGAUCCUUGUUGAGUUUGUGGUGAAGAACCCCCUGUGCAGUAUGAACGAGCCCAUUCAGAGCGAACUGUUCCGUACCAAACUGGACAGUUUUGUGCGUGGUCUGCCCUUUUUCUCCGCGCGGGCGGGCUGAUGGCUGUCUGAUUCAUGCUCCAAGUUGUUUGAUGCUGUGCAAAUGAUCAUGAGAAACUGCACUGCUUCUUCAACUUCCAAGUCCCUGUGUGGAAUUGGUGAGGUGGUUCUUAACCCCGACCCUGUGCUGAAUUUCUCCCCCCCGCCUUUUCUAUUCGGGAAUGCUCGAUUCUCUCCAUUCCACUCCUUGCCCACCUUAUGUUCUCAGUCUCCAGGCCACACUCCAGUCACUGUGACUGCAGACUAACAGUAGGUCGGGCACAGAAACAAUUUCUCGUUCUGUUUCAAUUAGGGAACUCUUUUUCGGAAGCCUGCUCCUGUUUAAUUUAUAAAAUAAAGCUGGCCUAAGGGGCAGGGCAUCUGUCCAAA